AUGGUGUUAAGAGAUUGGCUUUCAUAUUCUCCAAGUGAAAAUAAAAUAUAUUGUUUACAUUGUAUGCUGUUUGGUAAACAUCCACAAAAAGCGUGGGUACAAGACGGGUUUCGACAGUUUAAAAAUGGAAGUAUUGCCAUUAUAACCCAUGCAACUACUACUAUACAUGUGGAUGCUGCCCUACAAGUAAAAUUAAAGACAUCAGUCUUGACUUUAAUUCCAUCAUUAGUUGAAGAAAAGAAAAAACAAGUGUCUUUAAAUAGAGGAAUAGUAAGCCAACUUAUAGAUAUAAAAACAUUUCUUGGACAACACUCUCUUGCUUUCAGAGGAUAUAGAGAACAAUGGACAAAUAUUGUAGAAGGUAAUGUUAAAGAUAUGCUUAUUUUACUUUCUAAACAUUCACCAGAUAUUUCUAUGCACAUUACCAAUAUUCAAAUGAAAUCUAGAAAAGAAUUAUCAUUCAUUAGUUGGGAUCGUCAAAACACAUUAAUAAAUGCUAUUGCUCAAGAAAUUAUAAAUAUUAUAAAAUGUGAAAUACAGAGUGCUCGUUUCUUUAGUAUCAGUAUUGAUUCUACAUUUGACAUUUCUAGAACAGAACAAGUUUCUUUUAUUAUACGGUAUGUUGAAGAAUCAGGUAAAAUUAAUGAAAGAUUAAUUGCUAUGAAAGAUUCUGCUAUUACAACUGGACAAGCAUUAUUUAAUUUAUUUUCUGGGGUGAUGGAUCAGCAUAGUCUCAAUUGGAAGUCAUAUCUUGUGGGACAGUCAUUUGACGGCGCUGCUAGUAUGUCUGGGUGA